AUGGCAGGACCUACCAUUCCAACUCGUGUGAUGGUCGUCUCAAACACCCACGAGCAUUCCCUAGACGGCACCACUAUGCCACAGGUCGAUGUUUUACUACAUACAGGGGAUCUUACAAACUUCGGAGAACUAGACGCAUUGAGAGACAGUGUGAAGAUGAUAGGCAGUAUCGACGCAGAGUUGAAAUUGGUCAUUGCAGGUAAUCACGACAUGACACUCGAUAAAGUUCGUAGAGUCGAGAACCUGUCGGACGAAGAAUACAAGAAGUACCAUGAGCAGGCGAUGGAGAUAAUGACGGGUUCUUUGGCGAAAGAGGCGGGCGUUACAUAUUUUGAGGAAGGAACGCAUAGCUUGACACUCAAAAAUGGUGCUAAGUUUAGUGUGUAUGCUUCGCCUUAUACACCUGGAUCUGGUGGAUGGGGAUUCCAAUACCAAAACCACGAAGACCGUUUCAACACUCAAAAUCAAACAUCUCCUGGAAUGACAUCAAUCGGAGGACACACGAUUCCUUCAGGCAUCGACAUCAUCAUGACCCACGGUCCUCCACGUUCGAUACUAGACCAAGUCGACAGCCAAUCAUUAGGCUGUCCUAAUCUUCUCCGCGCAGUCGGUCGUGUUAGACCUCUACUACAUUGCUUUGGCCAUAUCCACGAAGGUCAUGGUGCGAACAUCGUCACCUGGAAAGAGGAUGGCAGUGUGAAGGAUCCGGAACCAGCAACGCCGUUGGAGACGGAACAGGUUAAUGAGUAUCCGUAUGCUAAUGAGUGGCUUGUGAAAGUUGGGAAGCAGACGCUUAUGGUUAAUGCGUCUAUUAUGAUGAAUACGGCGAAGGGGAUGAGGCCGAAUUGUAAGCCUUUUGUUGUUGUUGUGGAUUUGCCGAAGAUGGAAUAA